AUGCUUCAAGUACGAAAAGUGAUGGAACAUGUUUAUGAAAAAAUUUUGAACGUUACGGACAUAAAUUAUGCCGAAAACGGAAGUCUGACGGCACAGCUGUUGCCUCCAACAAUACCAGCCAAUAUUGAAGAACAAAUUGAGUUGUAUUGCCAAGAUCAGAAAUUAGAUCCAGAAAUGGACCUCCGAACGGUGAAGCAUUUCAUCUGGAAGCAAGGCGGUGAUCUCCUUUUGUAUUAUAAGCCCAUACGAUAG